AUGGGGGUUGAAGAAUGGUUGUCGUUGAUGUUAUGUAUAAACCGACAAGAAGUUGGGACCAGAUCCAUAGUCCAAGUGGGUCUGGUUGGUGACACAAACCAGCGUAAGAGAGAAAUGAAGAUUAGUUGGGCUAGUGGGCCAUAUCAAGAAAAAAAUUUGAAGUGGCUAUCAAAACAGAGAUUUCCAUGGUUUUCAAGUCAGACACAGUCCGGCGGAAGUAAUGCUCCACUCAACACAACCAUUCAUUGA